CUCUGGUAGCACCAUACACUUGCAUUCUCCAUUUCCAAUAUCUGAUCAGGAAACAGAGCACAUAAACCAUAUCCCAAAACUCAUGGAUAGGACAGUUGGUUUCUUUGUUUUGGCUUUGCUAUUAACUUGCUAUCCAUCUUCAUCUGAAACUUAUGAUACUCUGAGCGAAGGCUCGUCUCUUUCCGUGGAGAAAUCAAAUGAUGUUCUCAUUUCAGCAAAUGGUAUAUUCUCUGCUGGGUUUUAUCAGGUCGGCAACAACACUUUCUGCUUCGCCAUAUGGUUCACAAAAUCAUCGGGUGCAACGACAGUUUGGAUGGCGAACCGUGACCAACCGGUCAACGGUAGAGGCUCCAAGCUUUCUUUGUUGAGGAAUGGCAAUCUCAUCUUAACUGAUGCUGGUAAAAUCAUGGUUUGGAUGAUCAACACCGUUUCAACCUCAUCUGCGAGAUUACAGCUCCUUAACACCGGCAAUCUUGUUCUAUAUGCUUGGGAGAAGACGGUGAUUUGGCAGAGCUUUGACUCACCCACAGAUACUCUUCUUCCUCACCAGAUACUGACCAAAGAUACCAGCCUUAUCUCCUCAAGAAGCCAAAGCAACUAUUCUUCUGGUUUUUAUAAGCUAUUUUUUGACAGUGAUAACGUCAUCCGCCUUCUCUUCAAUGGUACUGAGGUUUCCAGCAUCUACUGGCCAGACCCAAGCCUGGUGACCUGGGAUGCUGGAAGGAGCACAUACAACAACAGUCGAAUCGCAGUAUUCGAUUCUUUGGGUUAUUAUAGAGCAUCAGAUGAUUUGGCAUUUCGGUCAGCGGAUUUUGGUGCGGGGCCUCAGAGAAGAUUGGCCCUCGAUUUCGAUGGCAAUCUUAGAAUGUAUAGUCUAGAAGAAACGAGAGGAACCUGGUCGGUUUCAUGGCAGGCUAUCUCCCAACCAUGCCAGAUUCAUGGCAUCUGCGGACCCAACAGUCUCUGCAGUUACAUCCCUGCUUAUGGCAGAGGAUGCUCUUGCAUGCCUGGAUUCAAGAUUGUAAAUUCAACUGACUGGUCUUAUGGGUGCGCACCAGAAACUGAUAUCGCUUGUAACCAAACUGAGGUGGGCUUCUUCCCACUCCCUCAUGUUCAACUCUACGGCUAUGACUAUGGUCACUACCCCAAUUACACCUAUGAAAGCUGUGAAAAUCUAUGCUUACAGUUGUGCAAAUGCAAGGCCUUCCUGCUAAAUUUUAGCGACGGCCUUUACGAUUGUUACCCAAAGACCCUCUUGCUUAAUGGAUUCAGUUCGCCAAAUUAUCCUGGAACCAUGUAUCUAAAACUGCCUAAGGCUAGUCUCUUUCCCAGAUAUGAUCCUCUUGAAGAAUUCACCAUGAAUUGUUCAGGCAACACUCGUUAUAUACAGCUAGACAGAACAUAUCGCAAGGGCCAUGAAAAUGGGCCAUUGAAGUUUUUGCUGUGGUUUGCCUACGUACUGGGAGUUCUAGAGGGGGUAACUGUCUUGCUGGUAUGGCUUUUCUUAUUUAGGGUACACCAUGAUCCAGUCUCGACCAUGCAAGGCUACAUCCUCGUUGCAAACGGGUUUAAAAGAUUCAGCUAUGCAGAGUUGAAGAAGGCCACGCGAGGUUUCACCCAAGAGAUUGGAAGAGGAGGUGGAGGAGUGGUAUAUAAAGGUGUAUUGCUUGAUCGUCGAGUGGCAGCAAUCAAGCGCCUCAAAGAAGCCAAUCAAGGAGAAGCAGAAUUUCUAGCAGAAGUGAGCACCAUUGGAAGGCUUAAUCACAUGAACUUAAUAGAGACGUGGGGAUAUUGCAUAGAGGGGAAGCACCGGCUGUUGGUGUAUGAGUACAUGGAACAUGGAUCCUUGGCACAAAAGCUAUCUUCCAAUACUCUUGAUUGGGAGAAGAGGUUCCAAAUAGCGCUUGGCACGGCCAGAGGCCUAGCUUAUUUACACGAAGAAUGCUUGGAGUGGGUUCUGCACUGUGACGUCAAGCCUCAGAACAUACUCUUGGACUCUGAUUACCAGCCAAAAGUGGCCGAUUUUGGGAUGUCGAAACUGCGAAACAGAGGAGGGCUUGACAAUUCAAGUUUCUCGAGGAUCAGAGGAACCAGAGGAUACAUGGCUCCUGAAUGGGUAUUCAACCUUCCCAUAACCUCCAAGGUAGACGUUUAUAGCUAUGGAAUCGUGGUUUUGGAGAUGGUGACAGGGAAGAGCCCAACUGCUAUCCCCGAUACUGAUGCCCAAGGAGAGACAGAGCAGCGUGGAUUGAUUAAAUGGGUGAGGGAUCGAAAGAAUGGGAUUGGUGCCAGGGGGUCGUGGAUUGAAGGCAUCCUGGACCCUGUGAUGCAAGGCGGAUGCGACAUGCGCCAGUUGGAAAUUCUGAUUAGUGUUGCCUUGGAAUGUGUGGAGGAAGACAGGGACUCAAGACCCACGAUGAGCCAGAUAGUUGAGAAGCUUGUGCGCCCGGAGGAGAGGCCGGAGCUGGAAGGCUACCUCACUCUGUCCUGAAACAUGGGUACAGGGGUUUUUGUCGGUACAUGUUUCAAGAAAUAAAAUAAGGAAAAAAUGAAUUGAAGGUAAAAUUAGAUGAAGUGAAAAACGAAACGGUGCAGUUUGAAAAAUACCAAAUUUGAAUAUGAUAUCCUAAUGUAUCUAUCUUUUAAUAAAUGUUGUUUUUUCGUCUUUA